GGUGUGCGGCCGGCCGGGGCGGCAUGUUGUCGGGAUUGAUGAGCGACUGCGCGAGCGGGCUGUCGCUGGGCGGCGGUGCCGGCCAUGUGGCCGUGCCCAGCCACCCGACGUUCGGAUUCACCCAGGAGCAGGUGGCCUGUGUGUGUGAAGUGCUCCAGCAGAGCGGUGACAUCGAGCGGCUGGCACGCUUCCUCUGGUCGCUGCCCGCCUGCGAGCUCCUGCACAAGAACGAGUCGGUGCUUAAAGCCAAGGCGCUGGUCGCCUUCCAUCGAGGCCAGUUCAAGGAGCUCUACAAGAUCCUGGAGAACAACCACUUCUCCCCCCACAACCACCCCAAGUUGCAGAACUUGUGGUUGAAGGCGCACUACAUCGAGCAGGAGAAGAUCCGCGGUCGACCACUGGGCGCUGUCGGCAAGUACCGCGUUCGCCGCAAGUUUCCCCUCCCUCGUACAAUCUGGGACGGUGAGGAAACCUCCUACUGCUUCAAGGAGAAGUCGCGCAACGUGCUGAGAGACUGGUACAUGCAGAACCCCUACCCGAGUCCGCGCGAGAAACGCGAGCUGGCCGAGGGCACCGGCCUCACCACCACCCAGGUCUCCAAUUGGUUCAAGAACCGGCGGCAGCGGGACCGGGCCGCCGAGCAGAAGGAAGGGGACAAACGGAAAACGACGGCAACCUCAGAGGACAACUCGGACAGCGACGACGAGCGGCGGCCCACGGGCAGCGAGCACGGAGCCGGAGGCGACGCCAAGCACACCGCCGGUCAGCCGCAGCCGCCCCAGCAGCAGCAGCAGCAGCAGCUUCCGCAGAGUCACACCAGCGUGCAGCCCACCUCCAUGUUCGACUUCAAGCCCGGCGGCGGGGGCGGCGACCCCCUGGGCGGGGGCGGCGGACUGGGCGCGCCGUCAGCAGCCGCUGCCGCCGCCGCCGCCGCCGCCAUGUACCACAGCCAGCUGGGUCAGCUGCCGCUGUCCGGAGGCCACGAGCUGCUUCAGGAGUACCCGGGAUUGUGACAGUGGGGCGGGUGGCCGUCAAACGGGGCUGCCUCCGACAACGCCUGACCGCCGCCGCUGCAUCCGCCGCCACCACCUCCGCAUCCACCGCCUCCGCAUCCACCGCCUCCGCUGCCGACGACGCCAUCUCCGACGACGACGACGCCAAGGUGACUUCGUCAAGCUUCGGCUUCUUUUUCGGUUCUUCGAAAGGUCGACAGAGGUGACCCCGUCACGGGUGGUGGGUUAGGCUGUACAGCGCUCAAGUUUUGGGCAGCAACACCAUCCCGAGUGCGAAACCGUCGGAACUGGGAUGAGUCUCAAAUGUUGCUGGACGCUGUGCAACUCUGGAACCUCGAGUUCUGAACCCGCGGGGAACGGACAUCUAAAGAGCUCGGAGGAAGCCGCAGGCAACGUCAGCACUCAGCAUCUACUGCAGACUCAGAGGACACCUGACGGCUGUUCCGCGGCGGCGCACAAGGUGACCUACCGGCGGCAGACAAUGGGGGCUCUGUGAGCCGAACAGAACGGUGGACCCGCACACUCCGUCCGUGUCAGCUGCCAGGCGCGAGUGACUCCCGGCCUACCACCUGUGGAUAUACUCCGUUCACUUCAACACUGUCCUCUCACAGACGCGUCGGAGAAACGAGCAUCAGGCCGUACCCCUAGCGCAGGAAGUUCAUCGGACUUCAAAGCUCUCUUGAUUGGCUUGUUGGUGAUUUUCGCACUUCAGCUUUAUGGUCUCGCUGAAUCGGAUCAUGACGUCGAAGAAUGAAGCAUGUGCUUAUGGAAUACUCUCAAAAUUAGCACGUGCGUUGUCUUGUAGAAAGGGUGAUGACCUGGGAUAUGCUGGACUUUGUAAGGCCCAAGGUGACCUGGGUUGCAUACUUAAUAGACCCUGGUCAGGUCUGGUGACGUCAGAACUGCUGGCAGUGACGUCAGAGACUGUCAUUCAGUGACGUUGGCGCGCUGAUACAAGCAGUGAUGUAAGCAAUGCCACUUGGAAUGAAGUACCAGUGUUGUGAUGAAACAGUGAUUUAUUUCGCGUGUUAUGCGUGUGUAUCCCCGCGGCGUGAUUGUGCUCGUCUGUGUGACAAAUCGGUGGCUGAAAGAGUCUUUGCUUUUUAUGUCUACAGAAGUUUGGUAUUACAGGAUUUAUUACUCCUGGACUUGAGUUACCUACCACGCAUGUAUUUAAUCUAACCUCUGCUCUUUUGCUGUUACCGAAGUCAAGUGUUUCGU